CCGCGGAGCCGAGCGGCGGCAGCGGCGGCUCCGGAGUGCAGCCGGGCCGGGAGCGGCCCCGCAGCCAUGAAGAUCUGGACCUCGGAGCACGUGUUCGAUCACCCCUGGGAAACUGUGAUGACAGCUGCCAUGAGGAAAUACCCCAACCCCAUGAACCCCAGCGUGGUGGGCGUCGAUGUCCUGGACAGGCACGUGGAUCCCAGCGGGAAGCUGCACAGCCACCGGCUCCUGAGCACCGAGUGGGGAAUCCCGGCCAUUGUGAAAUCGCUCAUUGGUACCUGCAGGACAAGGACGUAUGUGCAGGAGCACUCUGUUGUUGACCCUGUGAAAAAAACAAUGGAGCUUAAAUCCUGUAAUAUUUCAUUUACAAACCUCGUGUCAGUCGAUGAGAGGCUCGUCUAUAAACCACACCCUCAGGAACCACACAAAACCAUUCUGACACAAGAAGCAAUAAUAUCUGUAAAAGGUGUCAGUCUCAGCAGUUACCUAGAAGGGCUAAUGGCAAACACAAUUUCCUCCAAUGCUAAAAAAGGCCGUGAAGCAUUGGAAUGGGUAAUUAAAAGACUGAAUGCUGAAAUUGAAGAGUUGGCAGCUUCAGAGAGGAACCAUGAGGAAUUCGAUGGCAGCAGCAGCAUUUGUAGAGAAAUGAUAAUAGUUCUUAGAAUCACUAAUGAGGCUAAACGACCUGCAGCUUCUCUCCAGGCCUGGAUACAUGUAUCCUUUGUUAUUUAAAGGAUGUGUGUAUGAGGCACGUUAUAAAUUUAAUUUGGAGAGAAGCUGGAUUUUUCCCAAGGCUGAGGCUCAAAGGCUGUUUAAUAUAUUGGGUCAGCUGGACCGAUGAAGAAAUAAAUUUAAGUGUAGUUCCUGUAUUUACAUGAACACUAACUUAUAAUGUUUGCAGAUAUGAAAUAGCCUCAUUUAGUGCUGAGGCUGCAUAUGGUGGAGGACACUGGCAUGUUAGGCUAACUUUUAUUUUUUGUGUGACUUAUGGACUACCUCUUUUGGGACCAAGCCCAAAAUUAAGCAGAAUGGUUGUUCCAGCAUUGUUCUUUUUGUUGAUUUUUGACAGUUGUGUGAUACAACUUGGUUUAACAGAAAGCUUAUUACUUUAUGCUUGAAAUAUAAAAGAAUGUACAAAAUAUUUUUUGAUAACCUUUUUAACUUGACUGGUUGAACUAACACGGUACUCAAGUUGUUUUUCAGGCACUAUAGGUAAAACAUCAAAGUGUCUCUUACCUACCUACCAAGACCUAAAUCCUGCUCCUAAAUGCAACAUCAAUGAGCUGGGCAUGCAGUACCUUAAAGUCAAAUUUUAUCUUAAACUUCUGCCACAAGUAUCUCCAUUUCUAAAAGCCCAUUAUGUAAAGGUACGAUAAGCACAGAGCCUUAAAAUCUUGUAAGCUGCUACAGUAGUAGGUGUUCACUUCAAAGAACCAAUUAAAGACUAAAAAACCUUUGUGAAGGUGGCUGAGGAGAUACCUGAACAUAAAAGGAAAUAAUAUUUAACAAUAUACUGUUAAGUUGAUCAGAAAUAAGCUGCCCCAUGCAGUGGCUGUUGUGUUGUGUUCACUUUAACCUGAGUUCUGAGUUGCAGUUCCCUUCACCCUUUGAGCUGAUUUGCCCCAGUCAAGGCCCUGUGCAUUCUCAGGGGUUUCUCUUGGUGGUUCCUGGUGCUGUCACAGUCACUCCCUGAGGAAGGGAAAGGUCAGCCCUUGGCACGUGCUGGGCUGAGCCACUGCAGGCUCUGCUGGGCACUUCAGGGUGAGCAGGAAAAGGCAAAGGCACAGCCCAGAAGGAGCUGAUGGGGUAUUUUGGUACCCAAGGCUUUUCCUGGAAUUUUGUUUCUAAGCUUACAAGUGAUUUCAAGGCUCUUGUAGCCUUUAUGAACGGUAAUGUCACCCUGCCCAGCAUAUUUGAUUUUGCAUGCCAUUUCUGUUAGAUCAAAUUGCUUACAGAGCUUAUUUUAACAAACAAGAACACUUCCAUAAGGUUUGUGCUGGGGGAAGAAAACAGGAAUAUAGAUAUAUAACUUUUAAAAAUUAACUAUUCUAAACAGAAUAUUUUUCUAAACAGAAAUGGCUUGAGACUACCUUACUAAUUUAAGUCAUUGAGGUUUGCCAUACUUUUACAGGAGAUUAUUACAACUGAAAUAACAUUUCAAUUUUAAAAGUGUAUGUGAAACUUUUGCAAAACUGUACCAUCAUUUCUGAUGAAAAUGCUUAGCUUGAAAUUCAUUUUAUAUGUUUGCUCAGUCAUUAGCAUCGUUUGAUAUUCUAAAGUCAGUUUUUUCAUUUCCAAAUUUUUCUGCACUAGGGACUGCAUAGUAGAACUCACAGUUUGGCCUUGCACUGAAAAAAACCUUCCUGUUUAAUUUCUACAGGCAUUCAACAACUUCUUGAAAGAUAAUACAUUUCUUUCUUCUAUUUUAUUUAUAUGCCUGCAUUCUCAUUCUGUCAGAGUAUGGCUUUCUGUAUGUGGUCCUUUUUAAAUAAAAUUUUGUUUCAAUUCUAGCUAA